UGCCCUUCAAUCUUCGCUGUUACAACUGUCAUGAGGAAGGACACUAUGCUAGGAACUGCCCGAAGCCACCCAUGAACAGAGAUCAGAAUCCUACUAUUCCUGCACAACCAGCUACUCCUAAUCGAGAAAGGGCUCUUGUGUCUACUGCAAGUAUAGCAGAUGCAGCUGCCUCUGGAAGUCCACAGCCGCAGGGAUUAGCACAAGCGCUGGUGGUGCAGCCAAAUGUCAACUUUGACUGGUCCUCUGAGAUUGAGCGUCUGAACAUAUCAGCUCCAGAUAAUCAAGCUGCAACUUCUAACAUUGCUUUCAUGACCUCAAACGAGCAUGACCCUGAGCCACAGGAAGAGACUGCUGCUGACGAUUUCGCUUUCAUGACUCAAAUCCUGUCAGCACCUGUCAAAGGUCUCACCAAAGAAGAGAUGAUAGCUCAGAAGUAAGAUGUGAUGAUGUUCAUGGGAGUGAACCAGUUAUUGUUUCAAACAUUUCUGAACCUUAUUUUGAAUAUUAUUCUGAACCAACUGAGUCAGACAUUGCUUUUACCAAUUCUUUGUUUGCGUCGUUUUCUGCGUUUGUUUCGUCUUGUGAGCCUGCUGUUUUGGGCAAAACUGAUAAU